UGGGGAGGGAGGGACUUUGGGUUGAUGGGGGGGUGAUACAGGGAGACAGAAGUUUAACCACUGAACCGAUCACACUGGAUGGAUUUAUUUCUGGACUCAGUUUCCCAGGAACUCCACUGUUCCACCCUGGGGGAAAUGGCUCAGCUGAAGUCCCUCUAGCUCCAGCUUCGUGAGUAAAGACCUGUGGCAUUGGAGUUAAUCACAGCAGCUCUGUCACUACUGACUCAUCCAUCUGCUCCAAGACAAUGUUUGCCGUCCACUUGCUGGCUUUCCAUUUCACAAAGCUAAAAGAGGAUCAAAUAAAAAAGGUUGACAGGUACCUGUAUCCCCUGCGGCUCUCCGAUGAUGUCCUGCUGGACGUGAUGGCUCGUUUCCAGGCUGAGAUGGUGAAGGGGCUGGGCCGGGACACAAACCCCACGGCGACGGUGAAGAUGCUGCCGUCGUUCGUGCGCUCGCUCCCCGACGGCUCCGAGAAGGGGGAAUUCCUCGCCGUGGACCUGGGUGGCUCCCAGUUCCGUGCCCACCAGGUGAAGGUGUUCGAUGACGGGAGGCAGAGCAGCCAGCUGGAGAGCAAGUUCUACCCCACACCCAAGGAGGCCACCCAGGGGAACGGCGCCGAGCUCUUUGAUUAUGUCGCUGACUGUCUGUUAGACUUCAUGGAGACCAAAAACCUGAAGCAUAAGAAGUUACCUCUUGGCUUUACAUUUUCUUUUCCGUGCAAGCAGACCAAAUUGGAAGAGGGGGUUCUUCUUGCCUGGACAAAGCACUUCAAGGUCCGAGGGGUUCAGGACACAGACGUGGUCACCUCCCUGCGCAGGGCCCUGCAGAAGCAUAAGGACAUAGAUGUUGAUGUUUUGGCACUGGUCAAUGACACUGUGGGAACCAUGAUGACCUGUGGGUAUGAUGACCAGCGCUGUGAAGUUGGACUCAUAAUUGGCACCGGCACCAACGCGUGUUACAUGGAGGAGAUGCGGCACAUCGAGCUGGUGGAGGGGGACGAGGGCAGGAUGUGCAUCAACACCGAGUGGGGGGCCUUUGGGGAUGACGGCGCUCUGGACGAUCUCCGCACCGAGUUCGAUCGGGAGCUCGAUCUGGGAUCUCUCAAUCCCGGGAAACAACUGUUUGAGAAGAUGAUCAGCAGCCUGUAUUUGGGAGAACUUGUAAGACUCAUUCUCCUAAAAAUGACAAAGGAAGGCCUGCUCUUCAACGGGAAAGUGUCAACAGCUCUGCUUACCAAGGGCAAGAUUGAAAUGAAACACGUGUCUGCGAUGGAAAAGUACAAGGAAGGGCUGAGCAACACGAAGGAGAUCCUGACAGAGCUGAGCCUGUGUCCCUCUGAGGAGGACUGUGUUGCUGUUCAGCACGUGUGCACCAUCGUGUCCUUCCGCUCGGCCAACCUGUGUGCUGCCGCCCUGGCCGCCAUCCUGACCCGCCUGAGGGAGAACAAAAAGCUGCUACGGAUGCGAACAACUGUCGGGAUUGAUGGGGGGCUCUACAAAACCCACCCCCAAUACGCCAAGCGCCUGCACAAGGUGGUGAGGAGGCUGGUCCCGACCUGCGACGUGCGGUUCCUGCUGUCGGUGAGCGGCAGCGGGAAGGGGGCUGCCAUGGUCACGGCCGUGGCACACAGACUGGCUGCCCAGCGCGGCCGCAUCGAUGCCACCCUCGCCCCCUUCCUCCUGUCCCUGGGGACCCUCAGAGAAGUCAGGAACAAAAUGAGGGCUGAGCUGGAAUACGGGCUGAAGCGAGAGACACAAGCUGAUGCCAGCGUGAAGAUGCUGCCCACGUACGUCUGUGGGACACCAGAUGGGACAGAGAAAGGAAAGUUCCUUGCCCUUGAUCUCGGUGGCACGAAUUUCAGGGUCCUGCUGGUCAAAAUCAAAAGCGGGAGAAGAAGAUCAGUGCAAAUGUACAACAAAAUCUUUGCCAUUCCUUUGGAGAUCAUGCAAGGGACAGGGGAAGAGCUCUUUGACCAUAUUGUCCAGUGCAUAGCAGACUUUCUGGAGUACAUGGGCAUUAAAGGUGCUCGGCUGCCCCUGGGCUUCACCUUCUCCUUCCCGUGCAGGCAAGCCAGCAUUGACAAGGGAACACUUUUGGGAUGGACAAAAGGAUUCAAGGCAACAGACUGUGAGGGGGAAGAUGUUGUUGACAUGCUGAGAGAGGCCAUCAGGAGAAGAAAUGAGUUUGACUUGGACAUCGUGGCAGUGGUGAACGACACCGUUGGGACCAUGAUGACGUGUGGAUAUGAGGAUCCAAACUGUGAGAUUGGCCUUAUUGCAGGAACAGGCAGCAACGUGUGCUACAUGGAGGACAUGAAAAACAUAGAAAUAGUGGAAGGGAACGAAGGAAAAAUGUGCAUUAACACGGAAUGGGGAGCGUUUGGUGACAACGGCUGCAUUGACAACAUCAGGACAAAAUAUGAUAAAGAAGUAGAUGAAGGCUCACUAAACCCAGGCAAACAGAGGUAUGAAAAAAUGACCAGUGGAAUGUACCUUGGUGAAAUAGUAAGGCAAAUUUUGAUCGACUUAACCAAACAAGGGCUGCUGUUCAGAGGACACAUUUCGGAGUCACUCAGGAAAAGAGGCAUAUUUGAAACAAAAUUCCUGUCUCAGAUUGAGAGUGACCGGCUCGCCCUGCUCCAGGUGCGGCGGAUCCUGCAGCAGCUGGGCCUGGACAGCACGUGUGAGGACAGCAUCAUCGUGAAGGAGGUGUGUGGAGUUGUGUCCCAACGAGCUGCCCGGCUCUGUGGGGCAGGGCUGGCUGCCAUCGUGGAGAAGAAGAGGGAGAACCGAGGUGUGGAGCGCUUGCGAAUCACCGUUGGAGUAGACGGGACUUUGUACAAGCUCCAUCCACAUUUUUCCAGGGUCCUGCGGGAAACAGUGAAGGAACUGGCACCUCAGUGUGACGUGACCUUCAUGCUCUCUGAAGAUGGCAGUGGGAAGGGGGCUGCUCUCAUCACUGCAGUGGCAAAACGGUUGCAUAAUGUUGGGCAGAAGUAGAAAUGAGUCAUUGCAGCGCUGCCAGGCGUGUGCACAGGGAUCUGCUGAGUGGUGAUUCCAGAUAGCUGUGCCAGGCACCAGCACACAGGUACCUGUUUUCAGGGAGCAGCUGCUUAUGACUGACCAGGACUGUGGAUUUUUGUCCUUGGCUAGCUUGGAUCAGGUGUUCCUGCUCCCCACUGGUGUUAUUCUUGGCACACCACAGUCUCCUCACCAAGUUCUGUACUUCCUGCAGUGCAUCUGUAAUGCACACAGGAGAGAACAAACCAAUGGACACAAUCCACCCCAAAUGUGGCUUUUUACAACAUCUUAAUUAAGCUACUGCACCACAACUGGGUUUAUCACCAGCUUCUUAGGAUUUGUGUGCUGUAGUUUUGGCUUGGCCUGGCUCGAGGAAUGUUGAGAUCCUGAUUUUGCAUCUAUCUAGUGGGCAUAUUUGUUCAGUGCUUCACAGGUUUUACAAUAAAAUUGAAGGUAAAAUAAAUCAGUGGGCUUUGGUCAGUGAUGCUUCCCCUGCCACUACACUGGUUGCAAGUGUGAUGUAAUACUUCCUGAGUACAGAGGCAUGUUUAAUAGAUGAAUGUAAAGAUAAAAAUAUGAUUCUACAGAAUAUCAGUUUGUGUCAAAAUCUGUUAGUGCAUCUGAGUGCACAUAAAGCUAAACCAGUGCUGGGUGGAUUCCCACUGUGGCUGACUCUUUUGAUACUGGAGGAAAGAGGGAAUGUAGGAAGAAGCAGCUACAGAAUCUGCUAUGUCUGUGUCAGGGUACAUAAAGAGGAUCAAACAGGCCACCAAAUAGCUGUGUAGAGAGAAACAAAAAUCACCUGAAUUUCUGAAAUUCUUUGUUCUCCCUCUGUUAUCUCCUUGCCUGCUCCUGAGAGAAUUGUUUCCGUUGUGUGGAAAGGAGUUCAUCCCUGGUUUUCAUUUUCUGUUGCCUGCUGCUCUGCCUGUGUGUAGACUGUUUGUAAAUAAAUCUGGGGUGCUGUGAGCUUCUUUGUCUGGUGCCUCUUCUGAGUUGUGGGAAGAACAUGCAGGCAAGUGGGAGCUUUCUUAGAACAUAAACCUUUAAAUCUAAACCUUUCUUUAAACCUAAAUGUCUAACAGUGCUCAGCAGCACUGCAGUUAUUGUGAAGGUGGUUUGUGGAUAGAGCCUUGUGUGACCAAAUGUCCCUCACCUGAUUUACCCAGAACAAACCAAAGCAAUCACAAGCACAGAGAGGCAGCAAAUCUGCAUCCCGCCUGGCCUCUGUUCUCAAGUAUUCCUCUAUCUCCCUUAAUCCUCUCUUCUUGGAUAUUUGCUUCCUUCCAGGCUGGCAGCAGAAAGUGGGGCCAAGAAAUGUGCUUUAAGCCUAGUUAGGUCAAAAGUAACCGUCGUGCAGAGGGGGGGAUCAGCAGUUUUAUGUAAUAAUCUGUAACCAGGCCACCGCCGGGUUUAAAUUUAGCAAUCGCAGAUUCCAAAUUGAAAGCUACAGACCCUUCUUGUUUUGUAGUUUUUCCAAAAACAAACAAACCAACCAACCACAUGUCAGCAGCUGUGUCUGUGUUGGAGUUACUGGAUGGGUGAAAAAUAAUAUUUGGAAAUAGUUUUCACUUCUGAAGGUGUGGUGCUGAACUCAGUGUACUAAGCAGCUGGGAAGAGGCAAGUUGUGAAUUCAUAUUACAUUUAAUGUUUUUCUCCUUUUGUCAAGAAACUUGGUGUUUUUCUUUAUAUUUCAGAAUCCACAGAGCCCCAUGUAGCAAGGGCAGUUAUUUGGAACGGAAAUUUGUUCCUGGUGAUGAACAGGUUAAAUUUGGAGGGGCUGGGUAUAGAAG